AACGUCCUCGAGUACAACACCCAAUAUGUCCUUUGAUCUAUCCUCUGUCAACCUUCAAGAGGUCCAUGACUGGUCCGUCGACCUCGCCCGCCGAGCGGGACAAAUGAUGCUCGACGGCUCCAACAAACGGUUUCAAAACCCCUCCACUGAAGACCACAAAACCGACGCAAAGAAGAACGCCGUUGACCUCGUUACCGAAGUCGAUCAGGCUGUCGAAGCCUUCGUCAUCUCCGAGAUCGAAAAGCGCUGGCCCUCCUUCAAGUUCAUCGGCGAAGAAACCCAAUCCGCUGGCGCCGACAGCGUCCUCGAUGACCACCCUACAUUCAUCGUCGACCCUAUCGACGGAACCAUGAAUUUCGUACACGGUAACCCAUGGUGCGCAAUCUCCAUCGGCCUCUCCAUCAACAGAAUCCCCUAUAUCGGCAUCAUCUACUCCCCUUUCCUCAACGAAAUGUACACAGCAAUCCGCAACCAGGGUUCCUAUCUCCACAAACCCAACCAACCCCCCCUUCGUCUCCCACUCCAACCACCCACCCCCCUUGCCGUUAACACCGCCCUCAUUAUCACCGAAUGGGGCGCAGACCGCACCACGAUUGGUACAUCCGCGCUCUCGGAAUCAAGCAAGGAGAAUUUUGACGUCAAACUUCGCACGUACUUCAACCUCCUCAGGAACAGCCCGAACAUGGUCCACGGCAUGCGCUCCUACGGCGCCGCAUCCCUGAACCUCUGCUCCGUGGCUGCGGGCCAUAACGACGCGUAUUGGGAAGGAGGAUGCUGGGAAUGGGACGUCUGUGCCGGAUGGGUAAUCCUCCACGAAGCUGGUGGAUUCAUGUGCGAGGGUAACCCCCCCGAGAACUUUGAGGCGGACGUGGAAGGCGCAAAGGUCGAGGAAGCGACGUUGAUUGGACGCAAAUACUUGGCGAUUAGGGGUGCGAAGGGUGGACGUAAGGAGCAGGAAGAUCUUGCGAAGUGGGUUUGGAAGUCGAUGGAGGGUGGCAGGAUGACUUACGGCCGUUAGACGCGACAACGACAAAAAUUAUACGAUAUGAUAUGAUUAGACGAGUGAAACGAUAUGCCGUGGUCAAAGAGAUGUCCGAGUAUGCUAGAGACCAGGUAGGCAAUUGAGCAGCACCGAAUGGACACAAACAAGGGUAACCAAUGCAAUUGAAUAAACGACAAAUUUUACCACACAUGACUCCUUCUCCCUCUCACCCGCCACGACAACACAUC